CUCCCCAGGAAGGAAGCCCAUCUCACCUCCCUUGUGCCGAUCCCCUUUUUCCUCCGCCAUCUUCCACCGAUCAUCUCCUGCAACCAAACCCGGAGCAUCCGAAGGGAGGAGGACGACGACGAACGCUGCCUUGAGAACGAGGAGCGAUGCACGUGUGAUCAGAGUGCACUCACGGCAGCCUUCGCCUAGCACCGAUGAUGCCGCCCGACGAUGGAAGAGCCCGUAACGCCUGCAUAUGGUUCGUCUCCUGUUUCUUCUUCCUCAUCCUUCUCGUCGGGGGGUCGCUCCUCGUGGUCUACAUCGUCCUGCCGGAAUCACAAGACACGUUCUGGUUCCCCAUCGCCGGCUUCGUCCUCGUCGGCAUCCCUUGGCUCUUCUGGAUCACCACCUGCAUCUACCGAUCCGUCAUGGCUCCCAAGUACGACAUCGAGAGGCCGCCCGUGAGGGCUGCCGCCGUCGCCCCGGCCGCUGCUGGUGCGGCCGCAGCCAGUGAUUCGCCUGUCAAUUCUCCCAGCGGCGGAGGCGGCGCCGCCGAUGCUACGCCAGGCGCGGCGCCAAGGGGACGAGACGUAGAUGGCGACGCGCGCGAUGACUCCUCUCUCAAUUCCCACGAGAGCGAGGAGCCGCUGGCUUCCUCCAUGUCUUGAGCUCGAUGGAGGUGGCCGCGCCGCUGCACCAGUUUUGCGAGCAAGAAGUUAGUCCCUUAGCGCAUGUAUCUGUUGUUGCCUGAUGCGGUGAAAUCUCCAUGAGACGAGGUAACGAUACACUGCAGAAUGCUGGUAGAUCACCAUGAGCUCUUCUUUGCUCAUCGAACC